AUGAGCGGGGACAAGGGGAAGUUCACAACCCUCAAGAUGCUAGAAACCGGAUCGCGGAGGAUUCGGAUAGCAAACGGUACGUAUGUGGACGUAGCCGGAGAGGGGACGGUCGAGUUGCGGUGUCUAACGCCAACGGGCGUGAGGGUCAACACUCUUCUUGAUGUGUUGUAUGUUCCCGGCGUGGUUGACAACCUCUUCUCGGUGACGAGGGCUACCGACGUCGGCGUGGUGCUUGGGUUCAAGCGAGACGUGUGCCAAGGCUUCUUGAACGGUGAGAUCAUCUUCCGUGCGGAGCAAGGGUUGGGCUUGUUUGAGGUGUGUGAAGCGGAGCCCGAUGUGGACGCGUGCAUGCUUGUGAGGGAGGCCGAGACCGCGGAGUUGUGGCACCGGCGGCUUGGGCACGCCGGGUAUGAGGGUUUGGCUAAGAUGGUCGAGGGAGACCUAGUCCGGGGUGUGGGGGUGAAAGCCGAGGCGUUUCGGGAGAAGAAACCCUUGGUGUGUGAACCUUACAUCAUGGGGAAGCAAACCCGGGAGUCGUUUCCUAGGGAGUCGGACUCCAAGGAGAGCACGGAACCCCUCGAGCUCGUGCACAUGGAUGUGUGCGGGCCCAUGCCGGUGGCGUCGCCCGGGGGGUGUAGGUGGUUGGCCACUUUCCUAGACGACUACACCAAGCUCUCGGUGGUGCAACCGUUGAAGAAGAAGAGCGAGGUGACGGAGGCCACGGAGAGGGUGUUUGCCCGGUUGGAGUUGCAAUCCGGGAAGAAGGUCAAGUCGGUUCAAACGGACCGCGGGGGGGAGGACGUCAACGAGAAGAUGACGGCUUUUCUCGGCAAGAAAGGAACGGUGCAACGCACUACGGCGGGGCACUCUCCCGAACAAAACGGGUCGGCGGAGCGGUUGAACCGAACCCUUGAGGAAAGGGCACGGGCCUUGCUAGAGGACGCCGGCUUGGGAGGGGAGGCACGGGCCUUGCUAGAGGACGCCGGCUUGGGAGGGGAGUAUUGGGCGGAAGCGAUGGUGACCGCUAACUAUACCCGGAAUCGGGUGCCCUCGAGCGUGCACGGGAAGACCCCGUAUGAGAUGUUCUACGGGGAGAGGCCGGACCUUAGCCACAUGAGGGUGUUUGGCGCGCGGGCCUAUAUCCACGUCCCCAAGGAAAACCGGAAGAAGUUGGAGCCGGUGAGCGAACGGGGGGUCUUCCUAGGGUAUGUGCCGAACGCGAAGGCCUACCGGGUCUUGAAGGAGAGGACCGGAGUUGUGAUUGUCUCCCGGGACGUCGUUGUGGACGAGCGGGGGCCCUCCGGGGUCGUUGAGCUUGGCUCCGCCCCGGGGAAGGAGGAGGGGGGUGCUCGCGACCCUAGUCGUGUGAGCUCCCCGACUCAGAUGGGUGCAGGGUUUACCCCUACGGGGGAGGCCGGCACUCAGCCCGGUGUAGGGGCUACUCCUACGGGGGAGGCCGGCACCGGGAGCGAGGAGUCCGUUUUGAUGGAGGGCGCCGAUGAGAGCGGCGAAGUCGUGGAAGAGCCGGUGGUCACCCCGGCGGAUUUGGGGGCGAGGAGAAACCCCCCUCGAGAGAGGAGAUCGCCGGAGCGUUUUAGGGUUAACCUCGCGGCGGAAGGGGUUAGCGAUAACCCGCCAAAGGGGUCGGGGGAGCACCCGGAGCCCCAAAGCUAUCAGGAAGCCGUAGGGGGAGAAGAGCUCUGGCGGUUGUCUAUGGACGAGGAGAUGCGGUCUUUGUUGGAGAACGGGACUUGGGAGCUCGUCGAAAAACCGGAGGGGGUGAAGCCGGUUCCCAUGAAGUACAUGCAAAAGCAAGGAAUUGACUUCGAGGAGGUCUACGCCCCGGUGAGCAAGCACACAACCUUGAGGGCGCUUCUCGUGGUGGUUGCGGCGCGUGACCUAGAGCUUCACCAACUCGACGUCAAGACGGCGUUCCUCAACGGCGAGUUGGAGGAGAGGAUCUACAUGCAGCAGCCGCAGGGGUACGAGCAAGGCGGGCCGGAGAUGGUUUGCCUCCUCAAGCACUCCCUUUACGGGUUGCGCCAGGCGCCGCGGGCUUGGUACCUGCGUCUGAAGGAGGAGCUCGGGUUGCUUGAAGUUGGGGCGUCCGUGGCGGACGCGGCGCUUUUCUUGGGGGUGGUCGACGGGGAGGAGGUCUUCCUUCUCGUUUGGGUGGACGACAUCCUCAUCGCCACUCGUGGGAAGGACCGCGUGGCAAAAGUGAAGGCGCACCUGGCGCGGACGUUCGACGUGAGGGACUUGGGGGAGGCGACCUACUUCCUCGGGAUGGAGUUGGCGCGCGACCGGGAGGCGCGCACCCUGAAGCUGACGCAGAAGAAGCAGACGGGGAAGCUCCUUGGGCGACACUGGUUGGCGGGCGCGCGUGCGCGCUCGGCCGUGGGGGCACUGGCGCGCUACACAAGCGCGCCAACGGAGGCGCACUGGGCGGCGGCGCUCGGGGUGGUGCGCUAUUUGGCGGGGACGGCGGAGGCCGGGGUAACCUUUGGGGGGAGCGGUGAGCUCCUUGAGGUGUUCUGCGAUGCGGAUUUUGCGGGGGACAUUGACUCGAGGCGCUCCACGACGGGGUACGUCUUCCUGAUGUACGGGGGAGCGGUGAGUUGGUCAAGCCGUUUGCAGCCGACGGUGGCGGUGUCCACGGUGGAGGCGGAGUACAUGAGCGCGGCGCAGGCGGUGAAGGAUGCGCUGUGGUUUUGCAAGCUCGGGGGAGACUUGGGGUUGGGCCUUGGCACGGUCCCAAUCAACUGCGACAACCAAGGGGCAAUACGGCUCCUAAAGCAUCCGGUCGCAAUAUUGCGGUCGAAGCACAUUAACGUGUUACUGUACUUUGCACGGGAGCGGGUGGCGCGCAAGGAGGUUGGAUUCGCGUACUGCGGGACGGAGGACAUGAAGGCGAACAUCAUGACCAAGGCGCUGACUCCAGGGAAGUUCUCCAAGUGCAGGAAGGACAUAGGAAUUGCGUAG